GUAAAGCAAGUUUAAUCUCUUUAAAUAUUGUUAGCAGUCAUCAUGUGUUCAAUACUUUUGUUUGCUUCCAAACUCACUAGAGGCAGAGUUAGGUUACCAGUUUUUUGUAAUUACCGACAGUAUAGUGAUGAGAAAAGCCCGAUUAAAACUCCGUUAUAUGAGUUACAUAAGAAGUACGGUGGAAAAUUAGUGAAUUUUGCUGGUUUCCUACUUCCUGUGCAAUACGUUGAUACAAGUGUUUCUGCUUCCCAUCUUUUCACCAGACAGAAUGCAUCGAUAUUUGACGUAUCUCACAUGUUACAAACAAAUGUCAGCGGUAAAGAUUGCUUGCCGUGGUUCGAGUCAAUUUGCCCCGUGGAUCUUAAAGGGCUACCGAACGGAUCGAGUUCACUGACUGUUUUCCUGAACGAUAACGGUGGGAUAAUUGAUGAUUUAAUAGUGACAAAAGUAACUGAACAACAGCUCUAUAUUGUAUCUAACGCUGGUCGUUUAGAAGCAGACAAGCAGCACAUGCUAGAAACUUCGGAAUUGUUCAAGAAAAGAGGUAAUGACGUGAAUGUCAGCUUCUGGGAUGUGAACGACAGAGCACUUCUAGCAUUACAGGGGCCGAAAGCAGCCAAAGUAUUGCAAACAUUGACUGAUUUUUCUUUAGAUGAUCUAGUAUUUAUGACAUCACGUGAGGGUCGUGUCGCCAAUGUUGGUUGCAGAGUGACGCGCUGCGGAUAUACAGGCGAAGAUGGUGUAGAACUCUCUAUUCCGGCAGAUAAAGCAAUCGCUGUUGCAGAAGCAUUGAUGGAAUCGAGUGAUGUGAAAUUAGCAGGACUCGGGGCCCGUGAUUCAUUGCGUUUAGAGGCAGGCCUUUGUCUUUACGGUAACGAUAUAGACGAAACGGUAACUCCUGUUGAAGCUAAUUUGACCUGGCUAAUAGCGAAACGUAGGCGACAGGAAUCCAACUUUCCCGGAGCUAACGUUAUAAUGAAACAGAUUAAAGAAGGAGUAUUAAAACGAAGAGUUGGUAUUAGAUUAGAGUCUGGACCUCCUGCUAGAAAAGAUGCAAUUUUAAAGGACCCAAUCAAUAAUAAAGAAAUAGGUAAAGUUACAAGUGGAUGCCCAACGCCCUCACUUGGCGGUAACAUAGCAAUGGGAUAUGUUUCCGAAGCAUUCAAAAAAGUAGGUACUAAUCUUUUGGUGAACAUUCGUGGUAAAGACGUUCCGUGUUCUGUGGCUAAAAUGCCUUUUGUGCCGUCUAAAUACUACAUUAAAAAAUAAAACCAUAAAAUUGCAAUUCAACAUUUAUUGUAUGCCUUCACGAAGGUAACAGGUAAAAUAACUUUACUAAAUCUAGAUAAACUUAAUAAUGGAAUUGUUGAAAACUAUCUUCUAAACCAAUGGAAUAAAAAAAAACCCUAUUAAAUAAUUUUAACAAUUCGUAUUACCACGCAUUGGUUACUAAAAUGUACACAUUACUAAACAUUGGAAAAUAAAUAUGUUUGAAAAUAAUUAUGAAACUGAAUUUAAAGGAAUGCUUUAUUUUUUGAACUUAUUGUCGUUUAAUACUGUUCUACUUCUGUCUUCUAAUAACUAUCACAGGAUGUUUCGUGCUUCACAAUUACAUGUUUAUAAAUCUAAUAACAUUUGGAAUGAUUUCUAAAAAAAUGUGCUCAUUUUGUGAUAAAAAAAUACUGCACAAUAAACUUGUGCUAUAAUAUCCUGUACUUUUCAUAUAUACAGCCAAGGUAAAACACAUGUAUUCAUUAAAUUUUGGGGCAAAAAUUCCAGCCUUUAAUAACACUAAUUUAAAACUAUAUUACAUCACUUAAGUACACUAACAAGACAGUUUGAGCCUUUAAGUACAUCACAAAUAUAUAUUAUCGUAUUUUGAGCCGACUGCAAAAUUCAAGUAAUGCAGUAAAACGAUAGAUAGUGUCAUUCUGAUUCCGUGUGGUAACGAUGACUUCCUUAUGACUUCGUAUGGUGUAAUGAAAAUAAGAUCUGAACUACAGGUGGCUUCUAACUGUAAAAUUUCACUACGAUUUUCAAGGAAACUAUACUCUAACACAUCAACUAAUUCUUAUAAAUGCGGCUUAAAAAUAAUACAUGUUUGAUUCGGUUUCCAGUUUUAAUAGUAGGGGAGCCCAAGCGAGAAUUUCGGGAUUAGCUUUAUUUAAGGUUCACUUAAAACACCCUAAGAAAAUUUGACGCGCUCGAAAAAAUCUUUUUUUUUUUCAUUUUCUUCACUUACCUACGACCACCCCCAUCGUGCAAACGAUCAGAUUACCAUACAUACAUUAUUAAAAAUAUGUAGGACAUUUAUGCUAACAAUACCUGACGCGCUCGAUUAUGUCCAUGCAACAGUUUUUUUUUUACAAAUUUGAAAAUCUAUAGCCGCUUCCCCCACCGAUGAAAAGGUAUACAUUAUAUGACAUUUUUUUCUUAUUACCAUCUAAGCUUUGCAACCGAAUAGGUCUCUAUGACGCUCGAUAAAUCCCCAU